AUGAAUAAUCUAGAGCGUGAUUGGAUGUACGAUAGGUUGGAUGGCCGAGGGGGUAUAAACUCUAGCUUUGUAACCGGUGUAGAUAAUUUUAUCCAAUUUGCACUUUCUCAACGAAAUUACAUGAGCGGUAACAAGGCUAGAUGUCCAUGUAAAAAAUGUCACAGCAUUAAAUACAUAGAUGUUGAAAUCAUUGAAUAUCACCUUUUUAAUUUUGGAUUUGUUGAGGACUAUUUUGUUUGGGAGUAUCAAGGGGAAAAAGAUGUGAUCGGUGAGAUAGCUUCUGGUAAUGAUUUGCACGGUGGUUCUCAACCUGAAUCGGGAUUCGAUAAUCCAUAUCGACAAAUGGUCUUGGAUGCAGCUGGUCCCAACUUUGGUCAGGGUUCGAGUUGGCAAUCUUAUAGCAAUAUUGAAGUUGAUUCUUCUCAUCCUUAUGAACAUUCAAUGGAGGAGGAGCCUAAUUCUUCAAUGGAGGAGGAGCCUAAUCCCGAGUCCCAAAGAUUUUACAAUUUGCUACAAGCUGCUGAUGAAAAAUUAUAUCCCGGUUCUUUUCUCUCUCAACUUGCAGUAGUCUCCAGAAUGUUAAAUAUUAAAAUGGAGAAUACUUUGUCACAGAGAGGUUAUAACCAAAUGAUACAAUUGUUGAAAGAGGCUUUACCUGAAGAUAACAAAGUGCUUGAUAGCUAUUAUCAGACUAAGAAACUAGUGCGUAGUUUGGGUUUGCCAGUUGAAAAGAUUGAUUGUUGUGAUUCAAGAUGUAUGUUGUAUUGGGGUGAUGAUGAACACCUUACAUCUUGUAAAUUUUGUGGUAACCAGAGGUAUAAGCAUCGUGUCGGCUCUCGUAAGAGGAAAUUGGUCCCUUACAAGAAAAUGUAUUAUUUUCCUUUGAUUCCUAGAUUGAAAAAAUUAUAUGCAUCCCAUGCUACAGCUGCCGACAUGAGAUGGCACCAUGAGCAUACACAAGAGGAUUGGGUAAUGCAUCAUCCAUCAGACUCUGAGGCUUGGAAGAACUUCAAUGAAACUCAUUCUUUUUUUGCUGCUGAACCAAGGAAUGUAAGGUUGGGGUUAUGUACUGAUGGUUUCCAACCGUUUAGUCAAUCUGGGAGGAAAUACUCUUCGUGGCCAGUGAUUGUCACCCCAUACAAUUUGCCUCCAGGAAUGUGUAUGAAAGAGGCAUAUAUGUUCCUAACUGUCAUUGUUCCUGGGCCAAACAAUCCCAAACAUAAAAUUGAUGUUUAUCUACAACCUCUAAUAAAGGAAUUGACUUUGUUUUGGGAGACAGGUGUAGAAGCAUUUGACAUCUCGAAAAAGCAAAAUUUUCAACUGAGGGCAGCUUUGAUGUGGACAAUCAGUGACUUCCCAACAUAUUCUAUGUUAUCAGGAUGGAGAACUGCAGGCAAGUUAGCAUGUCCUUAUUGUAUGGAGGAAACACAAUCCUUUAGAUUACAAUAUGGCAGCAAAACAUCUUGGUUUGAUAGUCACAGAAUGUUCCUUGACCAACAUCAUCCUUUUAGGAGAUAUCGUAAAAACUUUCUCAAAGUUCUUAAUAUUGAUAAGAAAACCAAAGACAAUAUACAAUCACGUCAAUAUAUGGUAAAUUACCGUGAUCGACCACUGUUGGCAAAUGACACUAGUGGAAAAUAUCCAAAAGCUAUAUAUACAAUAGAUAAGGAAGAAAGAGCUAUCUUGUUCAAUUGGGUGAAGGGUUUGAAGUUUCCAGAUGGGUAUGUUUCAAAUUUGGGUAGAUGUCCAGAUACAAACGCGAAAAGAUUAUUUGGCAUGAAAAGUCAUGAUUGCCAUGUGUUCAUGCAACGACUAAUGCCUAUUGCUUUUCGUGAACUGCUUCCCAAUCUUACUUCGACCACUCUACGAGUGGAUGACAUGGAAAGAUUAGAGGCAGACAUCCCGCAAAUCUUGUGUAAGUUAGAACGUAUAUUUCCCCCUGGGUUCUUUGACUCAAUGGAACAUCUGCCUGUGCACCUGCCAUAUGAAGCAAAGAUUGCUGGACCUGUACAAUAUCGAUGGAUGUAUCCUUUUGAAAGGUACCUCGGAACUCUUAAAAGAAUGAUUGGGAAUAACGCUAGUGUUGAGGGUUCCAUUUGUGAAGCAUACUUGAUGAAGGAGUCAACACAUUUGUUUUCUCAUUAUUUUAAACCUCAUGUCAUGACACGUAAUCACGAUGUGGACCGUAAUGAUGAUGGUGGUGCUGGAGAAGAUCUUGAAGGAAAUUUAUCAAUAUUCACCCAUCCCGGUCGACUAUGGGGAGAAGCAAAAAAGAGGAAUUUAUCCCUUGAAGAAAUCAAGGCUGCCCAAACUUACAUUUUACUAAAUUGUAAAGAGGUUGAACCGUUUGUGAGUAUGUACGUGCAACGUCUGCAAGGAGAAUUCCCGAAUCCAUCUCAAGGUCAAAUAGAUGAGAGCCUUGAAGCAUAUUUCUCUAUAUGGUUCAAGGAAUAUGUCCGCUGCAACCAUAUUGAGAAUAAAUUCUUGCGUAGUCUUGCUCAUGGACCACUAAUAAGCGCUACAUGUCAUUCUGUGUAUUUUACCAAUGGAUACAAAUUUCACACAGACAGUCAUGGUAGCGCAAGAUCAACAAUGAACAGUGGAGUUUGUAUCUCUGAUCCAAAUUUUGGUGAUUACUGUGGACGGAUAAAAGAGAUUAUACAAGUGGAAUUUCGUGAAGAUCCUUUAAAGCAAACUGUGUUAUUCAAUUGUGAAUGGUUUGAUCCAACUAUGGAUGUUGGUAUUAAAAAGCAUAAUCAGUACAAAUUGGUUUAUGUUAAUCAUCGUCACCGAUAUAAAAAAUAUGAACCUUUUAUUCUUGCGAUGCAAGCAACUCAAGUAUGUUAUGUGUCGUAUCCUAGCAAGAAAAAGGAUAAGGAUGAUUGGGUAGCUGUGUUGAAGGUCAAACCUCCGAAUGUUGUUGAAUUACCCGAUGAGGAAGUAAUGGUGACAGCUCCAGAUUUGAAUGUUCCAUUCCAAGUUGAAGUCCACGAGAUAGAUAUGAAUGUUUUGAUUGAUGAAAAUAUACUCUUAUAUGAUCCAAACGGGAAUGCAAUUGAAAUGGAUGAACCUAUCGAUGAUAGGUUAUUGCCAAAGCAUCAUGAAAUCCAAGAUGAAUCUACAGAAGAAGAGUAUGAAAUUGAAGAAGAGUAUGAAACAGAGGAAACUACGGAGGAUGAGGAAGAGUUCGAAGAAGGAACAGAUAGUGACUAA